AUGCUCCAACGCAGCAACCGCCACAACGCAAUGUCCUCCAAGCGGAACUCCAAGCAUCCAUCAACAUAUAUCUCGUCCCUAGCCACAACACCACCCGAAACACCACCACCAAGCGCACCUCCCCCUCCACCACCCGUUCGUCAAGCAGCACAGAGCCCACGGACAAUAGAGCUCCGCCGCCCACGCCCCGAUAGCCAAGCCCUCUCGCCACGCGAGAACGUGAGACUGACGUUCCCAUCGUUCGAAGAACCCAGACGAGCACCGCAACCACCUAAACGACCACCGCGGCCACCGAGUGAACUUUUCUUGCCUGCCACGCCGAGCUUUGAUCCAAAAUACGAGAGAAGCAGUCCUACCAGCGGACUUGGUCCCCAGGGAGUGCAAACUUCACAGACACCACCGAUUCCAGAGAGAUCGCCGCUGAGGCACGUCAUGCAGCAGAAUGUUGGGCCCUCUUGGACGGCUGCGCCCUUGUCCUCGCAGGGCAUGAGUCCGAGGGUAUGGGCGCCGCAGGAGAUUCCCGUGAUGCCUUCGCAAUGUCCACCUGAGUCUCCGGCCGCGAUAUCGAACUUCAGACCUUCCUCAGGUCCCAAGUCAUCACCAUUCAAGCCUGGGUCUCCAUUCGGACCUGCCCAGUCUGGAAAGCAUUCGCAAUCGUCAUCGAAGCUGUCAUUGCGCACUCGAGCGUCGCCAGCACAGCCACUACUGUUCCAGCCUGCGACAACAUCACCAGAAGUCGCGUUCGGUAUGGCGUUGGGCGUGAUGAAGGACAAAGCGCGGCAAGGAUCUGCUUGGUCUGAUUCUUCGGAUGAAGCUCCUGUGAGGCCUUCGGCGGUGCGAUCGAAUACUGCACCGCCGUUGCUGGCUAGGACGGGGAGCACCAGUAGCUUGCAAGCAGCCCGAUCUGCUCUGAUGAGUGGGAGUGGUCAUCAGGCGAAGACCAUGCGUGCCAGAAGAUCAUCGACAACAUCACCUCGCUCCCCUAGCAGCCCGUUGUCGAAGGCUUGGGACAGGAGCAGGUCAUCGUACCCGACUGACCGAGCCGCAGAAUUUCGUGAUGCGUUGGUUAAGCUCGAUAAGACUAGUAAAUUGAAGAGCACUGCGCGGAAGGAUGCCGUCACCAAGCAAGCAAGACCACCGGCCUCAAUGCAAGCGCAGAGUGGUGGCAAGAGGAAGCGGAAGGGAGAAACCAUGAGCAUGCUCGUGAAUGAGGGCUUCUUUCCGGUGGCCGAGAUGGUGUAUGGGAACGUUAACAGACGCAACAAGAGACCAUCACCAGACAUUGGCUUCCGUCUCAACUUACCGCCUCGCCUCAGUUUCAUCGACAAGGACCUACCGGAAACACCGAAUUCGGUGCAAUCAACGCCUAUAGAGGUGUAUCAGACAGAGCACGAGUUCCCCACCAGACCGAGAAAUAAAGGUCGCAUUCAAAAGUCCGCGGGCGUCCAGCGGAGUCCCCUGUCCCUAAUCACGGAGAGUGACACGAAUGCCAGGAGUGAGGGACGCAGCAGACGAAAGUCCGACCAGGUAUCACCAGGCGGGCUGGCAGCCAUCCCCGAAGAUGCAGCAGGAGCUGAAAAGUCGCCGCCAGCCUCAGGUGCAACGACGCCAGUGGCGACGCAGAUACAUCUACGAGGAGGCUCCAUCGUGACUGUGACACCACCCGAACUCACUGCCUGGAAACCAACAGUGUACAUUCACGGACCGAUCAAGUUGCCCAAGCCUGCGAUCAUGCCCAGGAAGAAUUCUGUUGCGAGCCUGGAACCGUUUCAGGAAGCCGUGGACAAAGUGUACCAGAACGCUCUCGGCAUACCGAGGCGGCGAAGCGAUGAUGCCGUCGUAGACGACAUUCUCGACUUCUUUGACGAAUUUGGUUUCGAAGUCGUUAGCUUCGGCGGCGACAGGCUGUCUUACAUGAUGGAUGUGGACAUGGACGAAGAUCAAGAAGACCUUGCCGAAGCGAUUGAACGUUUCAGCACGCCGCCGGCAGAACAACCGGAUCCCACCCCAGUUGAAGUCGUGAUUGCGAAAGAAGUUCUUGAGACAACAAGCAGUUCACCGCUGGCAACUUCUAGAGCGUCUGUUGCACCACUUGUUGCGCCGCCUGUUCAGACGGAAGAAACGCUCCGGGCCAGAGGUAUCGCUCGACUGUCCAGGACCUCGGCAGGCUCUAGUUCAUCGGAGAAAGAGAAGCUGAUGAAACGCAAAGAAUCUCUGACGCUCGGGUCGCUGGAGACGACUGCCGGUCUACCACUUCUUCCAGCUCCCGAAGAGAGUAUGCUCGAUGCUGUGCUCCAAGCACCCUCACGACCUGGACUUCGGGACAGCGCAAGUUACACAGAAGGCGUGCAAAGGAAGAGGGUGGGCCGCGAUAGUGGGUACGGUCCAAGCGUGAGCAGCAAUCGGCUGGGCAGGGAAGGAAGUGUAGCUUACGCAGCGAGCAUGCACAGCACUCAAAGUGGAGGAGGGUAUAGCGGCGGCAGCAUCCGAAGCAAUCGCACUGGCGGCGGUGCAGGCGGUGAUCAAGGCGGCUUUGAUUGGGAUGAUGAUGUCGAGGAGAUUGAUGCUGGGUCGACGUGGGUGGCACCUGUCGCUGCUCCGAAGAAGCCUGUCACAAGAGGCCUGUCGACGCGCAAAACCAGGAAUCCCGUUGCCAAGGCCAGAAGACUCUUUGCGACUGCUUCCACGAUCCUGUAG